UCUCACUGUCUGUAAGCAAUAGUUCAACUGUAUCAAGUUACCAUAACUCUCAAACAGGUGACCGAGGAUAACCUGCUUAUUACGAUGGCAAUGGGAAAUCAUCAAAUGACCACUGCCACAGUAAAAGCAGAAACUGGGAGCAGCAUCAUCUCACCAGUUAUUGAAAACUCUACAGUUGAAUCCAUGCCCAUUACAAUAAAUGUGGAGUAUGUUUGCAAGAGCAACCAAGGUGGAUUUUUUCGCCACAUGGCUUUACCCCCAACUGUCGCAGCUGGAGAUUCCUAUGAGCAGGUUAUAAAUUAUCAUAAGAAGAUCUUGAAGGAAAAACUUGAAUAUAUUACAGAUUACACAUCAAUUGCAGGGGAGCGUAUCUGUCUCCUUCAGAGAUUCACGGAUAUUUGGAUCACUGAUGCAAAGGAACAUGAAGUAACAGAGAUUGGUCCCUCCUCCCUCAGACAUGACAAGACAGUUGCUAAAUAUAUGGAGAACAAAGAUAUUUUUAGACCCAUUCGUGAACAAUGGCCGGCAAGAGUGGUUAUUACCAGUGGCAUUGCAGGCAUCGGAAAGACAAUUUAUGUAAAGAAGUUCCUCCUUGACUGGGCAAUGUCAAAAACACACCAGGAGUAUGAUUUUGUAUUUGUCUUUCCAUUCUGUGAGCUCAAUCUCAUCUCAGAGGAAAGCCUCAGCCUUGUGGAUCUAGUGCAGCAACAUUACCCACAUAUGAGACAAUUGGAUGAGACUUACCUAAAGGACUCUGCUCACUCCUUGUUCAUUUUUGAUGGUCUGGAUGAAAGCCGAUUUUCCUUAGAUUUUGAAAAUAACCCUGUGUGCAGUGACAUAACAAAGCCAGUGCCUCUGCAAUCAUUACUGACAAAUCUCAUCAAAGGGAACCUUCUUCGUUCAGCAUCUAUCUGGAUAACAACGCGCCCAUCAACAAUACACCGAAUUCCAUCCUGCUACGUGGACAGAGUGACAGAAAUACAAGGAUUUCAAGAUGAAGAAAAGGAAGAAUAUUUCAGGAGGAAAUGCCAGGAUGAACAGCUGACAGAGAAAAUCAUUGCACUAGUGAAGAAGCAAAGUAGCCUUUGGAUGAUGUGCUAUGUGCCUGCUUUCUGCUGGAUCCUCACCACUGUUUUAGAACAUGCCUUCAAGUCAUCAUAUGCUGAGGAAUUUAGAGGUAGCACCGUAACUGAGAUUUAUACCAACUUUCUGCUUGUCAUGGUGACGUACCAUCAUGAACACCGUGGCCAUGGAAAGGAAAAAAUUGAUAGGAUAUGCCAACUACUCCAGUCAGACCGUGCGGCAAUACUCAGUCUGGGCAAGCUUGCAUUCCAGUACCUUAAGUCUCACACCUUUGUCUUUUAUGAGGAAGAUUUUAAAUCUUUUAAUAUUGAUAUCUCAUCCAUCUCUAGUGGGUUUUGUCGGCAGUAUGACAUUGAGUACUCUCCGCUUUCCCACAAGCGGGUCUAUUCGUUUGUUCAUGCCACAGUCCAAGAGUACUUUGCAGCUCUCUAUAUUUUUGUGGCUUACCAUAAUGAGAAACAGAACCUGAUGGCAUGCAGCAUACUGGGACGGUUCUGGGAGAUCUUUUCGAAGCCUACCUUCUUUCAGGUUUGUAAAAGUGCCUGCAGUGAGGUAGUUCGGAGUCACACAGGCCACUUGGAUCUGUUUCUCCAAUUUCUCUGUGGGUUAGGAAAGUGUAGGAUACAGAAGUGCCUGCAAGGUCUCCUAACUGAUGUGGAGGAACUGACAGAUGACCUAAAGAACACUAUAAGCUACAUGAAGAAGUUGCUCCAAACAGACAUCCCUCCAGAGAGAUGUAUUAAUCUAUUUCACUGUCUAACUGAGAUGAAUGACAAAUCAGUAGUGAGAGAAAUGAAUGAAUCCCUCCACCAGGGAGUGUUGUCUUCCAAAAAACUGUCACUCGCUGAUUAUUCAGCAUUGGCCUACGUUCUGAAAACAUCAGAUAUGGACAGAAAAGAAUUUAAUUUAUCCACAUACAGGAUAUCACCAGAUGGUUUGAAAAGACUAUUACCAGUUAUUAAAUCCUUUGAAAAAAUAACGCUAUCAGGUACUGUCAUGGAUGAAGAAAUGGUUAACUCUAUGAGCGCUCUCCUGCUUGCCAAUAAAAAUCAAAUCAAGGAGUUAUGCUUGAUAAAUAACACAUUGGGAGAUACAGGCCUCAGAAAUCUGGCUGCCGCACUGAUGAGCUCAAGCUGCAGACUGGAGAUACUGCAUCUGUGUACAAAUAACCUCACUGAGCAAUGUGGCAGAGAUCUAAUUUCCAUUUUAAGAACAAAUCGAAUUCUAAAUGAGUUGGACCUGAAAUACAACCAAUUGAAAGAUGCAGGAGUGAAGCAGCUUUCUGUUGCGCUGCAGGACUCUGACUGUGAGAUCGAAACCCUGGGAUUGUGGGGAAAUGAGUUCACACACUGCUGCUGCGAGGAACUAGCCCUGGCUCUAAAAACCAACCAGUCACUGAGAAGGCUGGACCUCAGCUGCAAUAAUAUUGGAGACUUGGGAAUAAAACUACUUUGUGCAUCGAUGAAAGAUGAUGGCUCUAAAAUUGAGAAAUUAGGAUUACACCGGACUGGCUUAACAGAAGGCUGCUGUGAGGAUCUCACUUCUGUUCUCAGAACAAGCCAGAGCCUGACUGCCUUAGAGCUGGGCUACAACAACCUGGGAGAUUUGGGUGUACAGCGACUGUCUGCAGCACUGAAAGAUCCCAAGUGUAAAUUACGAAUUCUGGGGCUGUAUCGCAACAACUUGACAAGUGCCUGCUGUCCAGAUCUUGCAGAUGCCCUCACUGCCAGUUCCACAUUAAUGGAACUCAACCUAAGCAGCAACAGUCUGCAAGAUUCGGGAGUCAAAUCUCUCUUUGCAGCCCUGAGGAAUCCACAGUGCACGAUACAGGAAAUAAACUUAAAAAACUGUGAUUUGACUGCUGCCUGUGAUGGGGAUAUUCUGUCUGUCCUGAGAGAAACACAUAUACUCAGAGGACUGAACCUGACUGCAAACAAGCUGGGGGGAACGAAAAACAAAUUGAAGCGCCUCUCACAACAAUCGAAAUGCAAACUCCAUCUAUAGAGCACAAAACAGUUAACGAUGUCUGCAGAUGCCUUCCAUCCUCUCCCUGGAAUAGGACUGAGCAACGCUGGAACAUUCUGAUGCACCUACAAGAACAAGUUCACAUACCUGGCUGGCUGCAGCUGGAAAUGCAGAGUUAAAUGGGACAACAAUGGCCUAAAGUGAUUCCUCAAGGUGGAUUUCAGAUGUGAUUAUGGUGCCCAAAAUUACAACAGUAACCGCAUUUCCAAAAGUACUUAAUUGGCUGUAAGUUAUUUUGGUAUCACCUGAAUACAUGAAAUGUGGUAAUGUAACUGUGAGCUCUUUAUUUCUUAGUUUUGCACUCAUGAUCUAUUUUCUGUCCAUCAACUCCAUGACCAAAAAGAACAGAAGAACAUAGCAAUAGGUGUAUGGUGCUGUGAAUGCAUAUUGUCUUUAACAAUGUAUGUUAUUCAUAUCUUGUUUUUGCAUGUAUAUUCAAUAAUUGAAUGUAAGUUUAUG